UUAAAAAAUCUCCUUUAUAAAAGUUUUCAUUGUUUCCUUCUCCAGGAAUCAAUCAAGAGUCAGGUAUUUAUUUGUCAUGUCAAUUUUAAUUUAUGUCAAUCCAGUAUCUUUUAGGGGGAGGAGGGGGAAGGCAUUUAUUACAUUGACAUUUUUGAAGAGUCCAUAGCAUAGGAUAUUUUAAACCAUGCUCCAUAGCCAUUAAAAGUUUCAGCGAAGCCCCCACUGAAAACAUAGCUUUCCUCAAGGUACUUUUCUGGGUGCCAAAUCUACUCCUAGGUGCAGCAUGAGUUGAAAUACUUUAACAAGGUGUUUAUAGAAUAAACUUUUGGGAACCAUCUAUUAUUUUGAUGACCUGGUCUGUAGCUUUUUUUAAAAAAAAAAACAGCAAUUAUCAGACCAGUUUUGCCAUAGAGACCAUUCCUAUUUGGAUCAUAAGCCAUCAAGGGCCUGUACAUAUAUCUAUCUGUUUCUCCUUCCAGACUUCUUCUUUGAAAGCCUCCUGGGAAGCAGAGUAAUCCUGCGGAGGGAGGACCUCGCUCUGCCUCCUAGUAGCUCUGUGGCAGGGGCUGUGGGACUCUGAUCCCAGCACAGUGUCCUAACCCCUGGAAUGGGACACCAGGUUCUCAGUAGGAAGAGGAUGUUGUGAAAGCGUUUUGCAAACUAUAAAUUGCUGUCUACCCAUUAUUGUUGUCAUUGUUGCAGAGACAGAUGCCUUGAAAAUGAAACAAUUUGUAACAUUUCAGAUUCUUGGGCCUUCUACUACUCUGGGAGUUAAGUCUUUUGUAUGAAAUCCUACUUGUCUGCUUCUGUGGUCUUGUCGCUGCUUAAGCAAAUGCCUUCACAGCAUCACAGUAGUGACCACACUGUCCCAGGCAGUGGCUUCUUUUAAUGUGUUAUCUCACAGAAGCCUGUGGCAUCCCUCCUAGCAGGUUGUGUUUUUGCCCACUGGUACAGAAGAGGAAACUGAGGCACAGAGAUGUUAGUGAUCAGCCCCUGGUUCACACUGAAGAAGAGAUAGAGCCAGGAGUUGAUUUAGGUUUUUUCAGUGUGAAGCCUUGAACCCCUGUACUCUUCUGUGGGUACACACUUGUAUCUCCAGUGCCCUGCGAUACAGCACCUUCACCAGUUAGAAUCUUUAGCAUUUCCUGCCAGAGCCCGCAAUAUUGAUUAUGCCCAAAAUAUGCUGAAGGCAGUGCUGGCUGCAAAGAGUUAAAUCCCUCAAUUGGCUUACUUUAAGAAACGAGUCUGACUGAAGCUGCGUGACUCACAGAAGUAUCUCAUGAGCAAUGCAGUAGCGAACAGAUUAACAUGACCUCCCCGCUCACGGCCACAGCCGAGGCCAGAGUAAUGGCCUAUGAAGCUGUGGGGCUAAUAUGAGAUAACAUCCAUAGCUGAGGUCGGAGUAAUCGCACCCAAACUCCAUUCCCACAGUUAGUGCCUUCAUAGCUUGAAGGACAAUGCUCUAAUUAUAACCAUAUAUUUUGUCUAUCUUGCUUCUAAUUUGAAACUGCUUUGACUUCUCUUUAAAUCCUUGUCUGCAUUAGUUUCCAUGGUAAUUUCACAUACUGCACAUCUAUACAUGCACCUUCACCCUGAUUAAUGAAUAAUAAAAUUCGGUGGAAGAGACGGGCCAGUGCCUUUUGCCAAAGGAGCAUUGGUCAUCCCAGUCCACACUUCUUCUUCAACCCUGCAUCACACACUGGGCAGUAUAAGGCAAACAUGCACUUUCACAAGUUGUUUCUUGAUGUCCCAACUGAGGAACCACUGAGGCAGAGCUUUACCUGUGCUCUACAAAAAGAAAUACUGUACCAAGGAAAGCUCUUUGUAUCAGAAAACUGGAUUUGUUUUCAUUCCAAGGUCUUUGGAAAAGACACAAAGAUCUCUAUUCCAGCUUUCUCAGUAACCCUAAUAAAGAAAACCAAAACUGCUCUUUUGGUGCCAAAUGCCCUGAUUAUAGCAACAGUCACUGACAGGUACAUAUUUGUCUCUUUACUCUCCAGAGAUUCAACUUACAAACUGCUCAGAUCUGUAUGUGGACACUUAGAAAAUACAAGUGUUGGUAACAGUCCUAAUCCAUGUACUACUGAAAAUGGUUUCGGGGCAAAUCGCCCUUCAUCUCUGCCUCUGGAUUUCAAUGAUGAGUUUUCAGAUCUGGAUGGAGUCAUUGGACAAAGAAGGAAAGAUAUGGAAGGAUACAGCAGCUCUGGUUCCCAGACUCCUGAAUCUGAGAACUCUCGAGAUUUCCAUGUGACUGAAUCCCAGACUGUUCUGAAUGUCUCCAAGGCAGAAGUGAAACCAGCUCAGGCAGAUACCCAUGUGAACAGAGUGUCUGAAGGAAAAGCCAAGAGUCUCCCUGCACAUGGUCAGUCAGAAACAAUUGGAAUCUUGCAUAAAGUCAAGUCUCAGAAAUAUCUGACUCUCCACCAUAUUCUUAUAUUCUACGCAAUUGUGGUCUGUGCACUAAUCAUUUCGACCUUCUACAUGAGAUACAGAAUCAAUGCUCUGGAGGAGCGGCUGGGACCACUAACCUCCAUCAUGGAGACCCACAGUUCUGGACAGACAACACCAUCUGGCCUGAGAUCACAAGUGCAUUUAAAUGUGGAGGUCCUCUGCCAAGAGCUCACAGCUAACAUAGUAAAAUUAGAAAAGAUACAAAACAACUUACAGAAGCUGCUAGAGAAUAAUGACUGACAGCCAGAUUGCUGGCGUCAACUAAUACCUCACGUUUUUUGGAAGAAGGUGCUCCUGAGGCAUCCUGGUGAGCGCCCCCUGCUGGUCAGAGGUGCGAGUGGAUGAGAACCCAGACACGGAGGUCUCCAGCUCAGGAAAAGGGGAAGGGGAAUCACUUUGCUUCUUGUGCAAUAAAAGUUGAUCUGUCUCUCUGAGGAAGUUUCUGCUGCUGGCGUCUGAAGAAAACAGAACCAUCUCUAGAUGUCUCAGAGAGGGCCUGGCGAACACUCUGGAAUGAUUAUGGUUCAGCGGUGUCUGUGAUUGAUUGUGUCGGUAAACACUCCACUCCAGGCCUGUUUAGUCCUUCCCACCCUGUUUUUCACUCAUUUACAUCCUUCUUACAAAACACUGAAACUAAGGGAUACAUCAUAUACCCAUGAUCUGCAUGUGAUCCUUUAAAGAAUCAGCCAUAAGUCUCCAAAAUGGCAAUAAAUGCCUCUCAAUAGACAGGCUUGCUGCACACAAAUAACAUUCUGUUCUUUCUUUCAGCUUUUAUCUUCUGUUUAAGUCAUCUGCCUAUAUAUCUUAACCUCUCUGUUCAGUUUGAGUAAGAAUGUCAAGCAAAGUGGGUUAAACUAUCCCAUUUAUGUUUGGUUUGGUUUUGUUCCUGUGAUUAAUACAUAAUUGGAGAGAUUCUCACCCACCUCAGGUCAAGAAUCUGUGAGGCAUAAGACUGAAAUACUAAAUUAAACUUACUUUGAAACCAAAACUAAUCUUUAAGCCAAAAUUUGUAAUAGUGAUUUAAUAAAGGAUGAAGAACACCGAAUUUUUAAGAUUGUAGGUGGACCAUGUGAGCCAUUUUGAAACAGGAAAUCUGUAUUGGAUGCUGCAAGUUAUUUCAGCAUGACAGUUGUAUGCCUUUCUCCUUUGCGGACUAAAAUAAAUAAUUGGUGGUUUGCUAACUUUAUUCACUGUAUGAUUUGACUGGGUUUUGUUAAUAAUUAUUUAGGGUACCAUAAGAUCUGUAAGUAUAAAAUAUAUUCUAUUUCUAUCUGUAAUGCAUUUUAUAAUCAUUUCUAUGAAAUGUAUUUUGUUUAAUCAGAUAAGCUAAUAAGUGAAUUGGUUACAUCAUUUGUAUUUGUUAGCCUACUGGACAACUGUGCCUGGUGCACCACUGGCUUUUAGUAAAUACUCAAUGGUUAAAAUA